AAUAAAGUCGCUGAUUUUAUCUAAUUGAAAGUAAGGGAUUUGAUCUGAUAAAACUUGAUAAAUAUAGGGACCAUUGUGUAGCCCAACAACAUAGCAUUAGGCAUUAGCAUCCUCCAGCUCCAGCUCUCCAUUUUCCUUGAAUUUUGAGGGUCAGAGAAGGAAACAGGAAAUUAAAUCGAAAUAGAAGAUAGAAGGAAGAGAAAUGAGAGAGGGUUUGUUUCUUAUACUAUCACUCUUUUACGCUAUAAUGAUAAUUGAAGGAAGUUCAGCGACUGUCCUUAUAAAACCAUCCUCCAUUUCCUUCCCAGACCUUCCUGCUAAAUCCGCUCUCAGCCUCAAUGGCUCUAGUGUGUGUGGGUCGUUACACGUGGCAAACCCUCUGGACGCUUGUUCUCCGCUACGCAAUCGUUUCGAGUUCAAUGAAAGUGGGAGGUUUGCUUUGAUAGUGAGAGGUGAAUGUGCUUUCGAAGAUAAGAUUAAGAAUGCCCAAAGUGCUGGUUUUCGUGCUGCCAUUGUUUUUGAUGAUAAAGAUAACAGGAAUUUGAUUUACAUGAUGGUGAAUCCUGAGGGAAUUAAGGUCCAUGCGGUUUUUGUUUCAAAGUAUGCUGGGGAAAUAUUGAAGGAUCGUGCACGAGGGAAAGAAGGGGAAUGUUGCAUUUAUUCAUCUCGUACUGAUGCGGCAUGGACUGUGUUGGCAAUAUCAUUGAUUUCUGUUGUUGUUAUUUUAGGUCUCCUUAUCCUUGUUUUUGUUACUCCCAGACACUGGUUGCAUUGGCAGCGAACAAAUAAUCGCUGUAAAAGUGUGGAUAGUAAGAUGGUAGAAGCCCUUCCGUGCUUCACAUUCCGGAAUGCUAGUUUAAGUCAGUGUCAUGUUGGUGAAACUUGUGCGAUUUGCCUUGAGGAUUAUAAAGAUGGGGAAGUUCUUAAAGUUCUCCCUUGUCACCAUGAAUUUCAUUCAACCUGUGUUGACUCGUGGCUGACUAAGUGGGGGACCUUCUGUCCUGUGUGCAAGCUUGAUAUGAAAGAUAAAUCUGCAUAUUUUGGGAUCAAAAGGUGAAUCCGGCUUCAGAAUCUGUAAAUACAUCUGGCAGUUUGCCUAGCUUUGAUAAUCAGGCCUUCUGCUGUUUUCUAAAGUUGUUUAUCUCUACAAAGUCUUAAAUUGACAUAUUAGAUGCCGCUGCACAUUUUGAUGUGUUAUUGUAAAAUUCUGUCCGUAGAACUUCCAUGGAAGCUCAUUUGCUGUUUCAAACCAAGGCCAUGAUGGUCUCAUUUGUACUGUCUUGAUAGGAAGGAGAGUGAAGGAUUGUGCUCUACUCCGCGUUUAUAUACUGAUUGUCUGCGGGAUUGAGCCAGUGUUAAAAUCUCAAUGUUCCAAAUGUAUAUUCUACUGUAUUGUGAAUUUUUUUUUUUUUUUUACCAUGUUUGUCUUUGAAAUUUGUUAAUGUAUAUACCAUGACUAAGUUAACGAGAAUGAUUCACAGAAUGUUCUCCCUCGGUGUAAUAGAUUGACAAUCAUCUUUCUUGUGCACCA